CGUGAGCAACCAAUGUUUGUCCAUCUCUAAUCGCCGCCAUCAUCGCAUAAUUUUGUUAAAAAAUCUUUUAAAGUUUGGCUAAUUUCGCGUUUUGGAGGCUGUAUUGCAAUUAAAAAGUGAAGCAAAAGUGGCACUAGACCGGUGUCCACGCAGUUAAUGCCAAGAGCAGCCAGUAAACAAACGCCGCUGAUGCGCGAAAUGGCGGAUCUGGACGCAGUGCACCUGGGGCUGGACGAGAACGAGGCGGACAUCGCCGAGGAGCUGCAGGACUUUGAGUUCAACACACGCAGCGAGGCCUCGGAGUCGAAUGGCGGCGAUUCCACGGACUCGGAACCAAGUAUAAGUUCGGUGAGCACCGCCACCUCCUCGCUGGUGGGCACGGGCAAGCGAAAGACCAAGAAGCUGGCCAAGGAUUCCCCGGCACCAGAGACAAAGCCUGCAAAGGGCUCCAAGACGAAGAGCAAGCGGGAACCCACGCCGGAGGAGGUGAAUGGCAGCGGCAAGAACCAGAAGAGAGAACAGAAGAAGCGCACGGGCAGCGAGUCAGCCAAAAAAUCCUCAUCGGAUACGCCCGAGAAGCCCAAGGUCAAGUCCCCGUCCAGUGAGGAUCGAGAGCAGCCGCCCACCAAGAAGGCGAGAGGCAAGAAGACAGCCUCCAAUGCAGCUAACGAAUCAGGCGGCCACAAGAGCGAUGGCAGCGAGGCCGAGGAUGAAACACCAGCGCUUCCAGCCCUCGAGUCCGAUAGCGAGUCUUCCGACUCGGAUUCGGGCACCCAGCACAAGCGAAACGUGGGCAACGGUCGCGGCAAAACCAGUUCCAAGAGCUCCACGCCCGAGAAGGAUGCCGGACCGCCAACGCACUCACAGAAGGGCUACGACUACAUGACCAAACUGAACUAUCUUUUCCGGGAUACGCGCUUCUUCCUCAUCAAGUCCAACAAUAGUGACAACGUCCAGCUGUCCAAGAGCAAGAGCGUGUGGGCCACACUGCCGCAGAACGAUGCCAAUCUUAAUCAGGCCUUUAAGGAGGCCAGGAAUGUGUUGCUCAUCUUCUCGGUGAACGAGAGCGGUAAAUUUGCAGGAUUCGCGCGUAUGGCGGCCCCAUCGCGGCGGGACAUACCCCAGGUGGCCUGGGUGCUGCCGCCGAGCAUUUCGCCCAAGGCACUGGGCGGCGUCAUCGAGCUGGACUGGAUUUGCCGCAAGGAGCUGUCCUUUAAUGCCACCCUACACUUGCACAACACCUGGAACGAGGGCAAGCCGGUGAAGAUCGGUCGCGACGGCCAGGAGAUUGAGCCCAAGAUCGGAGGCGAACUGUGCCGCCUCUUUCCCGAGGACGAGCAGAUCGAGCUCACACCCAUACUCAAGAAAUCCAAGGAGACGGCCCGAGUGAUGCGGGAGAAGGGGAUACACGUGAUUUACAAGCCGCCUCGGAGUUUAUCCUCGCGUGGCCACGGCGGCGGCGGAAGUGGUGGCGGCGGCGGCCGUGGAGGCCGUGGAGCUGGCCAUGACCAGCUGGGUCCGAUGCGUCACAAGAGAAGCUACCACGGACCACCGCACCACCGUCCAUAUCGUCACCAUCAUGGCAUGGGCAUGCCGCCGUCUCAUGGCGGUGGCUUCAAGCGCAGCGGUUCUCCCUACCGCCAAAUGGGCAGUGGCGUUGGCGGUGCGCCCGGCGGUCCCAACGAGAUGACCAUGCCCUCGUGGGAACGCUAUAUGUCAUCAGCAGCAGCCGCGGAGGCAUAUGUGGCAGACUACAUGCGAAAUAUGCACGGCCAGCUUCCGCCCCUGCCGUUCGUUCCGCCGUUUGCCCAGCUUCCAAUGCCUGGAGCUGGAGCCGGAGCAGCGGGUGCCAUGCCACCGGGCGCUGCGGCGGCCAUGUACGAACAAUUGCCCCCACCGGUGCGAUACUAUGACGGACCGGGAGCACCGCCUCUGCCGGACUAUCCGCCACCCCAGCGGCCACCACCGCCCGGCUUUGAUAAGGCGCCCAGCUAUGAGGAGUUUGCCGCCUGGAAGAACGCUGGCCUGCCCACCGUGCCGCCGCCAGGCUUUCCCGUUUACGGGGGAGCUCCUAAUGGCGGCAGCAAUGGUGCAGCAGUGGGCGUUGGCCAGGUGGCAGGCGCCAGCGGAGGCAUGGGGCCAGGCGUUGGCGGCGGCGGCGGAGGCGGUGCUUCCGGUCUGGGCGGACCCGGUGGCUAUCGCAGUCGGGAUGGCAACAACGGCGGCUCCGCGGGCACUCGUCGGCGGGAGUACGGAAAUCGCAGCGGCGGAUCAUCGCGGGAUUCGCGACCCUUUCGUGGUGAGCGUGGCGGCGGCGGCGGCCAGCGAAACUAUCGGGACAACAGGCGCUAGGCGGGAUCGGCAGCGCUAAAAUCGCUAGUUUCGGAAAGUGUAAUCCUAAUCCUCUCGCGCGAGUGAAAAUGCUGAAAAUGCGCAUCGGUAUAAGCAAAAAGUAAAAGUAAAAAGUUAAUACUAAUUAGUAGAUCGGAAACCCAUGGAACCCUAACCCCUGAAUACGGCUAUCGUCUGCGAAUCGAUACAACGUCAACAACAACAACAACAACUCUCUUUCCCCCAAUUUCUCUCCAAGCUACACCCUUCCCCCAACCACCACCAAACUCCACUUUAUGAUUUAAACAUAGACUUACGACCUAAGCAAAUUUCAAAACAGCAAAUUAAAUGCUAAAUUAAAUAUUUUAAACAACAAAAAAAAAAAAAAAAUACAAAAUGAAA